CGGAAUGUUUCUCGAACUUCUCGGUUGCGUGUUGUGAGCUCUCGAUCAACCUCUCUCCAGCACCACCACCACGGCCCACCACACUGUGGUGGCUUUUCUCGGCCUUCAAAUCAGGAAUCGGUGGUCGGAAACAUAGAGCAAAACGCAUUGUGAACGUACAAGAAUCGGAGAUGGUUGUCGAGUGUGACAUUCACUUUACCAACAGCACGCACGGAACGUUUCUCAGCGGCCAACGGCUGACCGGGAGUGUGCAGUUGAAGCUUUCGGAGACGAAGAAAUUCAACGAAAUAAGUCUCCGAAUUGCCGGGUAUAGCGCCGUCCAAUGGUCCCAGAAACGUGGGCAGGGUCGCCGCCGCCGUACGGUUUACUUUUCCGCCAAGCGGGACCACCUGUCGUCGGUGAAGGUGCUGGUGGCGGCGCAAGGGAAUGGCUCUCCAACGGAACUGCCAGCCGGGGAACACAUUUAUGAGUUUGCCUGUGACCUACCGUCGCAUCUGCCGACCUCGUUCGAGGGCUCACACGGUCAGUGCCGUUACACAGCCCAGGUGAUCAUGGACCGACCGUGGAAGUUUAAUCUCACCUACAAGGUGGGCUUCACCGUGAUUCAGCCGCUCGAUCUGAACAUGCUGUCCCCGGCAAUCCGCAUUCCGGCGAGGAUGGAAGACGCGCGCGUCUUUUGCUGUGGCUUCUGGCGCACGAAACCGCUGUAUGUGCGGGUGACCGUACCGUGCACCGGCUACGUACCGGGCCAGGCCAUACCGCUCACGAUCGAGCUCAACAACCGGUCGUCGCGCACGAUCGAGGGCGUCAACAUGAAGCUGCUGCAGGAGAUCACGUACACGAGCGAGAUGCCGCACGCGAAAACCAAACAGGACGUACACACGGUCGUGAAACACAUCGGGGACGGUGUGGCGGGUGAAACGCAACGCCAGUACGAGCAGCGGCUCGUCGUACCGACGGUUGCACCGACCGCUUCCGGUGACAAUCUGAUCAGCGUCGCCUACCGGCUUCACAUUUCGGUGCGUGUUUCUGGCUGUGGGUCCGAUCCGGUGCUGCAGAUUCCACUGACGAUCGGCACCAUUCCGUUGGUGUUCUACCAACCGCCGACAGUCGCUGUACCGCCAGAGAUGGCAUCGUCGGUGCCGGUAGGUGCGAUCGGAUUCAACUUCGGCAACACAUCGCAACAGCAGCAGCUACCCGGUGGUUCGUCCUCCGAAGCCACCAAGCAGGAACCCCAACGGGAAGGCACACUGCCACCGGAGUAUCUACCUCCACCAACGUACGAGGAAGCGAUGAAUGCGGCCGCCGUAGUUAUCACCGACGAUAGUGACACGCACGCCAUCGGUACCAAACCGUACGUGCCGCUCUAUCCGUCCUACAACUUUACCGAUGUACAGUGGCCACCGCCAAUGCCUCCGAAGCAGUGAUAUGAUCACCGAUCGCCGAGAUUACUGCAAUCUCUCCUGAAGUGUCCG